AUGCCUACCAGAGUACCAGAGUACCAGCGUAGUGCAGGUUAUAGGUACUGCACAGCACACAGUGUUAAUUACACUGGAGCAUGCAGGUUCAAGCUUCGAGGAUCGGGGAUCCAGCUUCGAUGUUGGAUGUUGGACAUUGGACAUUGGAUGUCAAGUUACAACUUACUGCGCAGACAGUCAACCAAGAGGUACAUGAUUAUUAUGGAUCUAACACGUAGGUUCAAUACCAGAACGCCGAAUUUACUAUACUUAAUUCAAUGGGGGUUUGUUUGGGGUGUAUCCUACUACAUAUGCUGCUACGUUGCUUCGUUGCUAUGCAGGAUAAAUCAACGUACAUAUGCAGCAAUAUCCAGCCGACCAGCAGUAAAGCGGACUGGGACCACGGAUUACGGAUUACGGACCAUGGACCAUAGAACAUGGACAAUAAACCAGAGACACAGGGACGUAGGGACGCAGGGACUCAAAUACAAAGCCUCAGAGUCUGUCAUAAAGAAAGGCACAGAGAAAGAGUCAGGAUACGCAUGGACACACAGAAUCUCGGAUGUUGACACGGACACGGACACGGAUGGCCAAGAAACCAAGUUCUCAGACUCAGUGACGCUGUAA